AUGGUAUCAGAAACAAAAGUUACAAGUGAUACAAAUUCACAUCAACAUGAAUCAACAUUAUCAUUAUUACAACUUGAACUUAGUUCAUCUAAAAAUUCCGAUAAUCUUUUAAAAUAUCGAUCAGAAAAUAAUAUGUCAUCAAAGAAAAAAAUUUAUAAUAGUUUACUUCAAAAUUCUCUGGAAUCAAUUAAUAAUAAUUAUCAAAGAUUUUCAAAUAAUAAUUUAAUCCAUACACAUUUUCCAAUAGCAAAUAUGUCACAAGAUUCGACGAUAAUCACUAAAACAUCAUCAUGUCAAUUACCAGCAGUACCUAAACAAGCUGGUACAUUUAUUCAUCGUUUUGUUAAUAAAUUUUUUUUAAUGACAAAUAAAAAUAAAAAUAAAAAAUGUCCUAUGAAACACAUUAAACGAAAACAUAUGAAUAUGAAAUUAAAUACAAGAAAUUUAUCGGACGAUAGCCAUACUUUUUUAAAUAUUAUAUCAAAGAAAAGACGGCAACGACGACGAGGACAACAACAUUCAAAAAUAACAACAAAUAAUAAUCAACAUUGUACUGUGUGUCGAAAAUAUCGAAAUAAUUUUUCAAUUGUACCAAUGAAUAAAAUGCAAGUUUCAGCGACAGAUUACCCUACAGAAUCAUCUCAGAUUGUUAAUACUAAUGCGACAACAAAUCGAAAAACUCGCUCAAUAUUGACAAGUGAGACAUUGCCAACAUUAUCUAAAAUUCGAUUUGAAAAAAUACGAACAUUAAAUGAAUCACAAUGUCAAACAAUUGUUUCAGCAGUUGGACUUAUUUUUGAUACAUUGAUUUCAAAUUAUCAACAUUUUAUGACGGAAUAA